ACCUUAGCCACGUGCAGUCUUCAUGGCGGCCACGCAGGUCCCAGGGGAGAAGAUUAGCAUUAACACGGGAGAGACGGCCAAAAUAGGGGAUAGGGACCCACUUAGUAACGGGUGCUCCGGGCAAGACAGGGUCCCCCAGCGCUCCUGGAGACAGAAGUGCGCCUCCUACGUAUUGGCCCUGCGACCCUGGAGCUUCAGUGCCUCCCUCACCCCUGUGGCCCUAGGCAGUGCUCUAGCCUACAGAUCUCAGGGCGAGCUAGAUCCUAGGCUACUGGUGGGUUGUGCCGUGGCUGUCCUGGCGGUGCACGGGGCUGGCAAUUUGGUCAACACUUACUAUGACUUUUCCAAGGGCAUUGACCACAAAAAGAGUGAUGAUAGGACUCUGGUGGACCGAAUCUUGGAGCCCCAGGAUGUUGUCCGGUUCGGAGUCUUCCUCUACACCUUGGGCUGUAUCUGUGCAGCCUGCCUCUACUACUUGUCCCCUCUGAAACUGGAGCACUUAGCUCUCAUCUACUUUGGAGGCCUGUCCAGUUCCUUUCUCUACACAGGAGGAAUUGGCUUCAAGUACGUGGCUCUGGGAGACCUCGUCAUCCUCAUCACUUUCGGUCCGCUGGCUGUGAUGUUCGCCUAUGCUGUCCAGGUGGGGUCCCUGGCAGUCUUCCCCCUGUUUUACGCCAUCCCCCUCGCUCUAAGCACUGAGGCCAUUCUCCAUUCCAACAACACGAGGGACAUGGUGUCCGACCAGGAGGCUGGCAUCGUUACGCUGGCCAUCCUCAUCGGCCCCACCCUUUCCUACGUGCUCUACACCAUGCUGCUCUUCCUGCCCUACCUCGUCUUCAGCAUCCUGGCCACACGCUACAGCAUCAGUCUGGCCCUCCCGCUGCUCACCAUUCCCAUGGCCUUCUCUCUUGAGAGACAGUUCCGAAGCCAGGCCUUCAACAAACUGCCUCAGAGGACAGCCAAACUCAAUCUCUUGCUGGGACUUUUCUAUGUCUUUGGAAUCAUCCUGGCACCGGCGGGCAGUCUGCCCAAACUUUGAGGGGACCAGAUGAUUCCCACUACAACAUGUCCCCUUUCUUGAACUAUAUUGAAGUAAGAAGACCCCAGAGGGAAUGUGAUUUGGCAACAGGGUUCUGAGGAUGGG